ACAGCUUACGUAUGUAAGGUAUGUAUGAACGUGUACAACUUACGUAUGUAAGUGUACAGGUUACGUAUGUACGGUUGUGUGAACGUGUAGUGGACGGGUGCGGCUGGAGUCAUGUGUGUGUGGCCGCCCCGCACCCUGCUAGUCUGUGUGGCAGCUCCACGCUGCAUGGUAUACGCUCUCACUGCUCCCUGGCUCCCUAAUACUUGCAUGUCCUCUGUCCGUCAUAGAGCUGAGUAAAUGUCAACAAAGGGUCCAGGUGAGGAAGGAGAGGGCGGGCGUCGCCGUCCUAGAGAGGUAGACCAGCUCACAAGUCACCAUGGAAUCUCCUGGCGUAGCCAACCUCGGCAGGUUUACCAGACCUCAAGUGACCAUUGGAAUUCCUGGCGUAGCCAACGUCGCCAGGUAGACCAGCCCACCAGUAACCAUCAGAUUUCGCGGCGUAGCCAGCCUCGACAGGUGGAUCAAAGGCCAAGAGCGGAUGGUGUGUCCUGGCGUAAGCAGCCUCGGCAGGUGGAUCAAAGGACGGGUGUUGGAGGCGUGUGGACGCCGACCUCCGACAACCAAGGGAGUUCAGAGUGCCAAAGAGAGAGAGAACUCUUAAAUUCUGAAAGGAAAUUUUCCACGGAAGCUGCAGCAUUUCCCAUAAAAGUGCCAAGUCGGCUGUUUAUUAUUAGUAAUGUGGUAAGAGGGUGCAGCAGGACAGCUGCUGUGACGACACCGAGGGGGCAGGAGGCUGUUGAGGUCACCUGUACCGUGCCCACAGGUGAAGGGCGUGGCAGUGGGGGUGCCAGUGGCAGGACGGGUGCCAUACUUGAUAGUUGCCCUGAAGGGGUGCCGUCAUCUGCCGCCAGCGAGGUCACACAUCUGCCAUGUCCGCUACCAACAUUAACUUCUGACAGCAUGCUUCGUGACUUUUGGCCGCGGCCUAUUGUUAUGUAUCUUAAUUUUCCAAAGUUAACGAGGGGGAAUGUCAAUAUAUUUGGCUACAUUCCCAGUCAAUUUCCAGCUGGUGCAGAAUUGACAGUGACGGAGGAGGAGCACCAUAAUACGUUAAGCAUGUUGACGGUUGACAUCUGUCAAGACACAAAGCAGGUGACAACUAAACCUCACUUUGACAAUGACAGUUCCAAAGUCAAAAUAUGGUGCUUUGACACCUCACAGGAUGCAGAGGAACAGGGCCUCUCUACUGAGCACAUACUGAUGGUUCUGGGAGGACACCUGCAAAAUGUUCUUGAAAGUCAUUUUAACAAGAUCUCAAAUGUUCAGCGUGAACUUGAACUUGCUCGGCAGCAGGAGAAAGAGUCGCCCCGCGAUGGGAGUGCCUCACCAAACUCCAUAAUACAGGAUCUAGUGGAUAAGGAAAGACAGUUAGUUCUUCAGAAACAAGAAUUCCUGCUAUACAUGAAAAAAAUGUUUGAUGAACUUGUUGAACCACAAAGACCAAGCAAUUUUAAAUGGCCAGAGAAUGAAUUAAAUUUAGUUUUCACACUUGAGUGCAAUAGAUUGUUUGAUGCCUCACCAGUUUACACAAGACGCUCCGAUAUCCUUAACACUGUUAAAACCAACCAAGUUACAGUCAUAGUGGGUGAGCCAGGGUGUGGGAAGAGCUCUCAGAUCCCACAAUACCUGCAUCAUGCGGGUUUUCUCAACAGUGGCAGUAUUAUGUGUACUCAGCCAUGCAGGAUUGGAGCAAAGAUGUUAGCCUCCUAUGUCACCGGGGAAAUGCUCAGUGGUGGACAGUUUGUCAACCACCCACAUGACAAAGCGACUUAUGUUAUACCAGAGACAAAAAUUGAAUAUGUGACAAAUAAUACACUCUUACGUAAAUGUCUGAAAAAUGAGAAUCUUACAGAAGUUUCAUGUAUCGUCUUGGAAGCACACGAACGGAGUUUGAAAUUAGAUAUUCUACUUGGGCUGAUAAAACGCUGCCUCCAGAAGCGAUCAGAUCUUCGCCUUGUUAUCACGUGUAAUGCUCUAAAUCCAGCACCCUUUGUCGAAUACUUCCAGCAGUGUCCCGUGCUGGAAGUAACUGGUCGAAAGUUCCCUGUCACGGUAGAAUGGAAGGAUACUGGACCGUUUGGUAACUUUGUAAAUGAAGCUGCGAAGACAGCUGUGAAGGUUCACCAGUCAGAGGAAGAAGGGGACAUUAUAGUAAUAUUAUAUUCACCCUCCUCAGCGAGCAGUUGCUAUGAAAGGUGCAUCAAUUUAAUGGGUUAUAAGGCAAAGGAUUACGUUGCCCUGCUUCUUCAUGAGAAUUUAGAGGAUCAUCGUAAACAAUGCGUCUUUAAUCCCAUUCCUUAUUUUAAUGCCAUUCCUAAACGGAAAAUCAUCUUCUCCUCAGAUUGUGCAGAGAUUUUUGUAACCAUACCCAAGGUUAGGUACGUCAUUGAUGCUGGGUAUACACAAGUUAGGGUGUUUACUAGAGAAGCUCAGUGGAAGAGGAAAUAUACUGUAAGAGAUAUAUCCCAGUGUAGUGCCAAGCAGAGGCUGGGUGUGGUGGGGCGGGUGUCUUCAGGAACAUGUUACCGGUUGUACACACCCGCUCAUCACAUGAAAAUGGAUGACAAUGCUCCUCCCGAGAUAAAAAGUAUUGAUCCCUGUAUGCUUGUGUACAAAUUGCUAGACCUAGGUAUUGACCCCAGAAAGUUUGACUUCAUUACCAAGCCAGAUGUUCAAGAUUGGAAUGAAGUAUAUUCUAAACUGACAAGAGAUGGAAUAAUUGUUGGGAACCAAAUUACAGACAUCGGCCGGUGGAUUGUCGAACUGUCUCUUAAACCAGAGACUUGUGAACUGGUUUAUGAAGGAGUGCGUGAAGGCGUUGGUCUGGAAGCCAUUGUAUUAGCUGAACUGUACUGGAGAGAAGUUUUUGUGUCAGAAAAGAGAGACAAGAAGUUGACUGCAGCUCGGAAACUUGCACUGUGUCACGAUGGAAGCGACCACUUGACUGAGCUUAAUGUGUUCAGACAAUGGCUUGAGGUACCAGAUGACAACAAACACACCUGGUGUUCCUACUAUUUCGUUCAACAGCGUUCACUGACAGAUGCAAAUGCAGCCGUUUGCGAGAUGUUGCGAAGAAUUAAGAAGGUAUUUAAAAUAGACAUUAAAUUUGUGUUUCGUAAAUUGGCUGCAGAGGAUUGGUUGCUGAAAAGUCUUUUGUUCAAAUUGUUGAGAGGGAGACUGAGUUACUAUCUGGGACAUCCAGCAGGUGGGUACUAUAUUAUCUCAGAUAAGGGAAGGGUUCAUAUUGAACAAACCUCUGCUUUGCAUCUACUUGGAGUUGAGCCAGAAUGGGUAGUGUCCAAUGUAGUUAAUACUUACCCUUGCACUUCUGUAGCAAAAUAUACACAUGUGCCAUCAUAUUUGAUCGGACAGGAAUUAAGGAACGGAUGUCUGUCAUUAGACAUGGAAGAGUUACAGAACAACCGUGUGGCAGUAGUGUGCCGGGUAGGUGUAGGGGAUCAGCUGGCUUGCAAAUUUUUCUCGUCUAAAUACCUUGAAACUUUUAAGUUAUUCCUCUUGGAAAAGUUUCCAGAGUCAGAGGUAUUUGUUUUCUAUGAGAAAGAGAAGAAAGAAUUGCAGUUGGUCGCUUUAAAGGACAAUGAGUCAGAUCUCCACGGAGCUGCUUUGGCAGCUCUUGCUCCUCUGAAGGCAAAGUUCCUACAAGAAAAAUGCCUAGAGCGUUUUGGACAAAAGCUCCGUGGCCUGAGGGCACUCAUAGGAGCAGGGGGGAGUGUUUCAAAUAUACUCACAUCAGAGGAGUCCAAAACAGUCAUGAUUCAUGUACCAGAACAUAAUACAGAGAUGUAUACUGAAAGCAUAUUAAAACUAUUUGAGGAGAAUGGAGAAAUUGAAGAUUACCAAAAAUACAUUCAAACAGAAAAUUCAAGCUUAUGGGGACACAUUACAUAUAAGAAAAUUGGAGCCGCUCUCCGGGCUGUGGAAGACCUGGAAGCUGAUCUUGAGAGCAAUUAUGGUUUGGUUGUGCAGCCAAAUGGUGCCAACAACUUAGCUAUCAAGAUUCAGUGGCAUAGAAAUUUUAGUCUAAAGUUAGGAUACAUACGUUUUAGUGAUGAGAAGUACCACUUGGAAGCUGUUGAAGAGUGUAACUCACGCGGGUGGUUGGGAGGUGCACAGUUAGCCAUCAGCGAAGAUAAGAACUCAUUAAGAAUACUCCAUUUGGAUAAAGAGGUGACGGAAUACAGUCUACAGAGUGACAUCGCAGCUGCUUUGAACAUUGAUCCCAGAGACAUAUUAGAGGUUAGGAUUCCAGAAUUGAAGGUAAAACAAUGGAAAAUGCAAAAGCAGUUGUCAAACAAAAUUGGGGACUUGAUUAAAUUUGAUGCAGUUAGUUUAUACUUAAAAGAGCCAUGUGAAGGAGAUGUUAACUUUACUGCCUAUUAUGUUUUGAAGAACACUGAUGAUGUGCAUAUUGCAUAUAAACAUUUAUGUAAAUUUUUGCGUCUGGAGAAAAAAGUUGGAGGAGAGGCCUCGCCCGACAGCUCCCUAUACAUACAAGAGAAAGUCUUCCAAAUAAAUUAUAACAAACUUCUGGAACUUGUUAAUGAAAUGGAAGAGAACGGAAUGUCCGUAGCUUUAAAACAUCUUCGAAAUGGAGAUGUAAUGAUGUACUUGAGUUGUGAAGAUGCCAGAGUUCUUGUCACAGGAAAACUGAAAGUGGAAAAGGUGGUUGCAGGGGAAGUAAUCGAUUUGAAGUGUGAGGGAGGAGCCAAGGUGUUGUUCAAGCAGGAAGGGAAGGCAGUUCUGGACGCCAUCAUGUACACUACUGCCACUCUGAUCGUCACUGAUGACAGGAUAACAACACUCUCCAUCCAUGGACCAACAGAAGCCCGCCAGAGUGCUAAGGAUAAGAUUUACAAGUUUUUACAGCUAUCAGUGGAAAGUUUGAAAUAUAUAGAAUUGACAGGGGGUGGGAAGCCUCCAGGGGUGAUGAAAACUCUGAUGGAGACAUAUGGAAGUACUCUUGGGGGCUUACGGGCUGAGACUGGACUCUCCGCCUUAAAGCUGGAUUACAGGAAUCAUCGACUAUAUUUGUUUGGGUCAAGGAAGUGUGUCAGGAAGGCAGCUCAUGUUGUGAAUAAGGUCAUGCAAACUCUGAUAGGCGAUGGAUCAGCGCUAAAUAAAGAUGACCCGCUAUGUGUGAUUUGCUUGUUCCCAAUUAAUACCAGCAAUACCUUGUACAGACUGGAAUAUUGCGGACAUGCUUAUUGCCAAAGGUGCAUAAGAUUACAUAUAACCCAAGCUGUCAACAAUAAAAAAUUCCCUUUGGUUUGUUUUGUGAAGGAGUGUGACGAAAUGUUUACCUGUAGAGAUCUCACCAAUUUGAAUUGUUGUCUGGAGAAGAGGGCGGUGACCCGUGCUUCAGUCAGUGCCUUUGUGGAUGAUAACAAAGGACUUCACUACUGCAUCACUCCUCUCUGCCAGUCAGUGUACAGGGCCGCCCCGAAGAACAGCGCUCCGUUCACCUGUCCAGAGUGUAGCACCAAAAUAUGUAUCUCUUGUCACACGAACUUUCACGACGGCUUCACUUGUAAGGAGUAUAGACGCCUGUUGAAAGUUUCAGCAUCUGGAGAGGACAGUGACAAUUGAACUAUCGUUCUUUCAUUUUGAUUUAGGUGUCUAAUAUUGGUAUUUUCUUGCGUAUAACUUUCUUCCCGCCAAACGCACACCGAAACUACGACGUUGGUACAACGUUCGAACAAGUUUUAACACUUCCUAACCAGUUAUAACAACCAAUAUAGCAAGUUGUAACAACGUUUCAAUACGUCAUAAAUACAUGAAGCCAAGAUGUAAGAACUUUAUUACAAGUUGUAACAAGCGGAAAAUAGAGACAGUUAAGGUUUGUGUUUCCAGGGUUAUCAUACACACACACACUGCACAUGCAGUCUCUCCACAAGACUACUAUAUAGUAAGGAAAAAGAAGGUAUCAGGUAUCACCCAGGUAUCAACCAGGGAAGAGAGAGGAGGAGGAGGAGUGGCCCUGCUGAUAAGGAAGGACUGGCGUUUUGAAGAGAUGGAUAUCCCGGACAGUGAAGGAUUCACAGACUACAUAAUGGCCACGAUGACAAUGGGUGGACCUAAGAUAAUAGUAGCAGUAAUUUAUAACCCUCCAUUAAAUGGCAGAAGACUCAGCCAGGAGUUUAACACGUGGUUGCCAUGUUUUAUUCAUGAAUAUAUACAUGAGGUACAGUUCAGCCUCUUGGGUCCCGCCUCUCGUCCCUUAAUUGAGUGAUGUGUAUGUUCAAGAGCCUAUUGUGUAUUUAUAUUAUUAUUUGAUUGAGGCAUUAAUAUAACGAUUAAUGGGGGAUCUUGACAAGAAUAUUUAAUGUGAUAUAUGUAUUGGCUGUGAAACAUUUUAUAUGAAGGAUGUUAAGAUGCUUGGGAUACUUCUCACAUACAGGUAUUCUUAUAAUAAUUUUGUAUGUGCUUUGAACUGGUUUCUAAUAAAAGUUGUCAUAUAA